GCCAAGGCGAAAAGCUAAUGCUCAGCUCCCGCCCAUUUUCUGUCUCUUAAUUGCAGAGUAAGAAAGAGAAAACCCUAAUCCAUGGCGUUUCUCGCUUCUCCAAAAGCCCUUUUCAGUGUAAACCCUCUUCUCUACAUUGAAAGAUUUUGCAGAGCGCCUUUCUGCAACUCUCUAGAACGUCUACUUCUCCUCAGCCAAAAAAGAGCAGGAAAUCUCGGAAUUGUGGCAUCAAAAGCUUCAUAUUCUUCUGUUUCUUCUUCCACAUUGAAGGAUUUGGAAAAGGAACCAGUGGCCUCUGCUCCUACCUUUCAGCAAGCGAUACAAAGGUUACAGGAGUAUUGGGCUUCCAAUGGAUGUGCUGUUAUGCAGUGUAGCAACACAGAGGUUGGAGCAGGAACUAUGAAUCCGAUGACUUUCUUGAGGGUUCUUGGUCCAGAGCCAUGGAAUGUCGCAUAUGUAGAACCAAGCAUACGGCCGGAUGACAGUCGUUACGGAGAUAACCCAAAUAGACUACAACGUCACACUCAAUUUCAGGUUAUUUUGAAGCCAGAACCUGGAAAUUCUCAAGAUCUAUAUAUUCGUAGCCUUUCAGCACUUGGUAUUAAUGUAAAUGAUCAUGAUAUUCGCUUUGUGGAGGACAACUGGGAAAGUCCGGUUCUUGGUGCCUGGGGACUGGGCUGGGAAGUCUGGAUGGAUGGUAUGGAGAUUACGCAAUUCACCUAUUUUCAGCAGGCGGGAAGUCUGCAGUUGCUGCCUGUUUCAGUAGAGAUAACAUAUGGCCUUGAGCGUAUUCUCAUGUUGCUUCAGGGGGUUGAUCAUUUCAAGAAAGUUCGGUACACCGAGGACAUCACAUACGGCGAGUUGUUUUUGGAGAAUGAGAAAGAAAUGAGCGCCUAUUAUCUUGAGCAUGCCCAUGUGGGUCAUAUUCAACAGAACUUUGAGCUUUAUGAGGGGGAGGCUCAAGCCUUGCUGUCACUGGGACUUGCAAUUCCUGCGUACGACCAGCUUCUGAAGACCUCUCAUGCUUUUAAUAUUUUAGAUGCUAGAGGCUUUGUUGGAGUGACAGAACGAGCACGAUAUUUUGGUCGUAUGCGGAGUUUAGCACGCCAAUGUGCACAAUUAUGGGUGAAGACAAGAGAGUCUUUGGGGCAUCCCUUAGGUGUUUUUUCUGAGCUAGGAUUUCACUGUCACCCCAAAGCAAUUGUGGAAGAAUUGGGAAAGGAAGCGAGCCAUCCUAGAGCAUUUGUUCUUGAAGUUGGCACUGAGGAGUUGCCACCGGAUGAUGUGAUUGAUGCCUGCCAACAGCUUGAAAUGUUGAUUGUACAAAUAUUAUUGAAACGGCGGCUUAGCCAUGGGAAGGUGUCAGCAUGUGCUACCCCUCGUCGCCUCGUGGUUUAUAUUGACAUGUUAAGUUCUAAGCAAGAGGAAAAAGAAGUUGAAGUUCGUGGACCUCCGGUUGACAAGGCAUUUGAUCACCAAGGAAACCCUACAAAGGCAGCUGAGGGUUUUUGCCGCAAGAAUGGUGUCCCUUUGGGUGCUUUAUUCAAGCAAAUUGACGGAAAGAUAGAGUAUGUUUAUGUCCGAACGAAGGAAUCAGCAAGGCGUGCUUUGGAGGUUUUGGCUGAAGAUCUCCCUGGUGUCUUAUCUAAGAUAUCAUUCUCUAAGUCAAUGAGGUGGAACUCCCAGGUCAUGUUUAGUAGGCCUAUUCGAUGGAUUCUAGCUCUUCAUGGGAGUGCAAUAGUUCCGUUUGUGUAUGCGGGGGUGUUAAGUGGAAAACAAUCGUGUGGACUUCGUAACUCCAAAUCUUCUAUUUUUGAGGUCAAUUGUGCAGAAGAUUAUAUGACAACUAUCAGCCAAACAGGAAUCUACAUUGGAAUUGAGCAACGCAAGAACAAGAUACUUCAGCUGUCACAUUCCCUGGCAAAGUGCGUUGGUGGAAUUCUUAGUGCAGAAGAUGAUGCCAUUUAUGAGGUGGUGAACCUAGUUGAGGCUCCAGUACCAAUACUGGGAAGUUUUGAUGAAUCCUUCUUGGAGCUUCCGCAGGAUCUCCUUGUCACGGUUAUGCGCAAGCAUCAGAAGUACUUCUCAAUUGUGGAUGCAUCUAUGGGCAAGCUAUUGCCAUUCUUUAUUUCAGUAGCAAAUGGAGUGAUCAAUGAAAGAGUUGUGAGAAAAGGAAAUGAAGCAGUACUGAGAGCUCGGUAUGAGGAUGCAAAGUUUUUCUAUAAUCUGGACAUACAAAAAGAUCUUUCCGAAUUCCGAGCUCAACUUGGAGGGAUCCUUUUUCAUGAGAAGCUGGGAACAAUGCUGGACAAGGCCAUGCGCCUCGAACUGAUUGUUACAAAAUUAAGCUCUGCUAUUGGCUUGGGGGAUGAAAACAUACCGAUUAUCAAACAAGCUGCAGCAUUAGCAUUGUCAGAUCUUGCCACAUCAGUUGUUAUGGAAUUUACUUCUCUCUCUGGAAUAAUGGCCCGCCAUUAUGCUUUACGAAAUGGUUAUUCUGAGCAGGUUUCAGAAGCAAUAUCUGAGAUGGCACUUCCUAGGUUUUCUGGAGAUGUCCUUCCAAAGACAGAUGCAGGGAUAGUGUUGGCUAUUGCUGACAGAUUAGAUAGUCUUGUUGGUCUAUAUGGAGCUGGAUGUCACCCAACUUCCACAAACGAUCCCUUUGGUCUGCGGAGGAUCUCAUAUGGUCUUGUCCAAAUUUUAGUGGAAAAUGAGAAAAAUUUGGAUCUUAGAAAUGCUUUGACUCUAGCAGCAUCUGUUCAACCCAUACCUGUUGAUGCACAUGUUCUAGAAGAUGCUUUUCAAUUCAUUACAAGGAGAUUGGAGCAAUUUUUGGUAGACAAAGACAUAAGUGCUGAACUUGUCCGUGCCGUCCUAUCAGAACGUGCCAAUUGCCCGUGUCUCGCGGCAAAAUCAGCAAUGAAGAUGGAGAUCUUGUCAAAAAGUGGGCAUCUGCCGAAGAUUGUAGAAGCUUAUUCUCGGCCCACAAGAAUCAUUCGAGGGAAAGAAUUGGUCUUCGAUUGGGAGGUGAGUGAGGCCUUGUUUGAGACUGAUGCAGAAAGAGGUCUCUGGUGUGCUUUCCAAGCUAUAAAAUCCAAAAUUCGCCCAGGUGUAGAUGUAGAGGAGUUUGUGGAGACAUCCAUGGUUCUUAUUCAGCCUUUGGAGGACUUCUUCACCAAUGUUUUUGUCAUGGUGGAAGAUGAAAAUAUCCGGAAGAAUAGGCUUGCUCUUCUUAAGAGUAUUGCAGAGCUUCCUAGAGGAAUUGUUGAUCUCUCUCUUUUGCCAGGGUUUUAAUUUGUCUUAUUUGCAAACUUUGUUUCCGUUUAAUAUUUUUUCCCUGCUUUUUAAUGUAUGAUGUCUUUUUUGGUUUUACCUAAACCUUUUUUUUUCUUUUGUAAUCCUGUCAUAUUUGUUGUUAUCCUAUUUAAUUUGGAAAUGUAAAUUUUUUAAACAUUAUUGAGAAUUCCAUUCUUUUUUCA